AUUGUGUCAUUUCCGGUAAACACCAGACAGAUGCUGGAUGUUUGGGUUUGUGAGCUAACUAUCGAGAUAGCUUGUAACUAGCAAAAAGCUGCAGUUGUAAAAAUAAAUAAAUAAAAUUGCAGGGAAGCACUAUGGGAGAGGACCCCACGGUUCCGGAGGUACCAGUGGACGCUGUGGGCAGGCGGGUGUCCUUUGGCGGGGAGCGGGCCACGGUUCGGUACGUGGGGCCGGUUCCACCAACUGCUGGGCUGUGGCUUGGUGUGGAGUGGGAUAACCCGGAAAGAGGCAAGCAUGACGGCAGCCAUGAAGGAGUGCAGUAUUUUACAUGCAGACACCCUACAGGAGGCUCCUUUGUCCGUCCAGCGAAGGUGAGUUUUGGAGUGGACUACCGGACUGCUGUGCAGCAGAUGUACGGGGACUCAGAGGAAACCCCGAACAAGAAGAUCUCCUUUUCCAAGAAGGAGCUUGAGUGGCGGGUUGUUGAGCGCAGUUUGGAGGACCGUCCAACAGCAGUGCUGAACUGCUGCGACAUCAGUGGACCAGGAGCUGCUGGAGAAAUCAGGAAACUAACACCCAAAAUUCAAUGGUUGGACCUAAGCAGGUCGCUGCUGUCGUGUUGGGAGGAUGUUGCCGCCAUCACCGCGCAGCUGGAUGAACUGAAAGGAUUACAGCUCAGCAACAACAGACUGCGUUUGCCCUCCGAACCCUCGGCUUACAGCCAGGCGUUCUACAACCUUAAAGUCCUCGCCAUCAACGGCUGUGAGAUCACCUGGACGCAGAUCCUGGAAUGCGCCCCCAUGUGGCCUCACCUGGAGGAGCUGUCUGUUCGAGAAAACGGCAUCACAGAGCUGAGGAGGCCGGAGGGAGUGCUGCAGUCCCUGAAGGAUCUCAAUCUGUCCUGUAACCCUUUAGUGCAGGAAAGUGUGCUGUGUUUAUCUGCUCUGCCCAGGUUGGAGAACCUGAACCUGUCUAACACCGGACUGUCUGUCAUUCAGUUUGAAGAUGCUCCUCCAGGAGGUCAAACAGCCAUGUUUCCAGCUCUGAAGAGUCUCCUCCUGACUGAGAACAACAUCUCUGAGUGGUGUGUUGUGGACGAGCUCGCCAAACUUCCCAGUUUAGUUCAACUUUCUUGUCUCCGAAACCGACUACUGAGUAGUGAUGGAAACCCCAAAACAGCCAAUCAGAUACUUAUUGCCAAACUGGGACAACUUGUUUUCCUCAACAAGUGUCAGAUCAGCUCUGAGGACAGAAGGGGGGCGGAGUUGGACUACAUCAAGAUGUUUGGAGAUGAGUGGCUGAAGGCUGGAGGACCGGGUCAGCCCAAUUCUGAGUUUACCAGACAGCACCCACGUUACCAGAAACUCAUCGACAAGUACGGAGCUCCAGAUGAAGGCGAGCUGAAGAAGCCAGAGCUGUUUGCCCUGAAAAAUCAUCUGUUAAAGGUUACGUUUGUGUUUCCUGAUGACCCCGACCGGAAGCCGAUCGAGAAGAAGCUUCCAGCCUCCAUGGUUGUUCAGAAGGUGAAGGGGCUGCUGUGCAGACAGCUGAAGAUCCCUACUGAAGGUCUGAGGCUCACUUACACCAGUCCCAAGAUGCUGGGGACGGAGUUUGAGAUCGACAGUGACUUAAAGACGCUGCAGUUUUACUCCAUAGAGAACGAGGACCGGGUGCUGGUCCGCUGGUCCUGACCUGGAGCUGCUCCAUGUUCGCUCCCGUCAUCCCAGCUGGACAGGACACAGACUCAGACUGAGAGGUGGACUUCCUGCUCCAGAUGCUCCUCUAAAUGUUGGAUUCUUUGACUUUUUCUUCAGGCUGAUGAUCUGCUCUAUGCUGGUGGAAAUUUGUACAAAAACUCAUAAUCUGCUUUGUGCAAGGUGUAAAAAUCUGAUGGAGGAUGUACCAGUCAAGCUUCCUCAUGAUGCAUUUAUGUAAAGAUGUUUGUGGAGAAGUUUCCUGCUUCCUGUUUGCUCCAUACACGAGUGGCUACAUGCAUAAAGAAUAACCCACAAGUCU